CGCUAAACACAAUGGCUACAAAGCUUGAGGAAACUAACCUAGCGCCAGUUGAGGGCGCAGGUCUGUCCGGCGGUUCAAGUGCCGAGAAGCAGGUACCCGAGAGCGAGGCUGUUAUCGAGUCCACGCGACUGGACCCUAUCGCAGAUGAGAAGAAGGUGGACGACGCGACCGCCGGUGUAGCUGAUCUCUCAGUCGACGAAAAGCCAGUGGACGAAGAGAAAACAGAAGCAGCGGCUGCUGUUGUCGUAACACCCACUGCAGACAACACUCCUGCACCCGUCCUCGACAGCACUCCUGCGGCACCCACUGCGCCCGCAAGUACCGACCCUACCUGGCCCGAGACUGCGCCUGACCACCCCCUCACGCUCUUCUACGCUGCCUUCGAAGCCCUCGUCAAAGAAGCAUCCCACGCCGAAGUCUACGGCAUCGAGCUCUCCACCUCGAACCCGUUCCACACAAAGCUCGUGCUGCAGAAGUUCCUCCGCGCUAACCAGAACGACCUCGAGAAAGCGAAACAGCAACUUCUCGAGACGUUAAAGUGGAGGAAAGAAUUCGAUCCCGUCAAAGCCGCAUCAGACAGCUAUGAAAAGAGCAAGUUCGACGGAUUGGGAUACAUCAUCGAAGUUGGAGGCGUCCCAGGGAGCGACAACGUGAAGGAUGUUGUGACGUUCAAUGUGUACGGCGCUGUCAAGGACAACAAGGCGACAUUCGGGGAUCUUGACGCCUUCCUCCGCUGGCGUGUCGGUCUCAUGGAGAAGUCUGUCCAGCACCUCUCCCUCGCGUCCGCUACGCAACCCAUUCCGAACUUUGGCGAGGGCGCGGAUCCCUACCAGGGCUUCCAGGUGCACGACUACCUCCAAGUUUCGUUCUUGCGCCAGGAUCCUCUCGUCAAGGCCGCGACCAAGAAGACCAUCGAGGUGCUCGGCCGCUACUACCCGGAAACUCUCUCACGCAAGUUCUUUGUCAAUGUGCCCGUCAUCAUGGGCUGGUUGUACAACGCCAUGAAACUUGUUAUUGCCAAGGAGACGGUUAAGAAGUUCACGGUCCUGAGCUAUGGCAACCAAUUGGCUACUUCCCUGGGCCAGGGCGUCCCUAAGGAGUAUGGAGGCACGACUGCUGAGUUGAAGGAAGUGGGUGAGGGCAUGACGUUCACAGAGUGAAGAGGUCAUUGUGUGAGCGAGGAAGGGGAGACGGUUGAAGAACAUGUUGAAGAGAGGGGAAGUGUGUAAUGGCAGGAGAUAAUACCCGGCGUAUCUAUGGAAUGAGCAGUUCCAGUGCUUCCUUUUGGAAGAACUUUUCAGCGUUUGCUUUAGAUAGUUUCAAUACAUUCCACUCAGAG